AUGGAGCAUGAGGAGACUGGCUGUCAACCUCACCCCGAGGGUCCUAUAUUGUGUGUAAACAAUUGUGGGUUUUUUGGAAGUGUGGCUACUAGGAAUAUGUGUUCCAAGUGCCACAAGGACAUGAUGUUGAAAGAGGAGCAGGCAAAGCUCGCUGCAUCAUCCUUUGGAAACAUUGUCAAUGGAACAUCAAACAGCAAUGGAAAUGAACCUGUUGUUGCUGCUGGUGUGGAUGUUCAAGCCCAUCUGGUGGAGCCAAAAACUAUCUCUUUACAACCAUCCUUUUCCUUUGGUUCAGGUUCAGGAGGGAGUGGUGAGGCAAAGCCAGAAGGCCCAAAACGUUGCGGAACUUGCAACAAGAGAGUUGGAUUAACAGGGUUCAAUUGUCGGUGUGGUCACCUUUUCUGUGCAGUACAUCGUUAUUCAGACAAACAUGACUGCCCUUAUGAUUACCACACUGCUGCACGCGAUGUGAUUGCUAAAGCCAACCCUGUUGUAAAGGCUGAUAAGCUUGAAAAAAUCUAA